CCGUAUUUAUCACCAAAGACACCUGGCUGGGGUUGUGGUUAUUGUUCUACAUGAAAUGAGCCAACUCCAUUUCUACAAAUUCUAUUUGCAGUUCAAACACCUCAGAAAACUGUUCCGGCAUAGAUUCACAUUAACACCUUCCGCUAACUUCCUAGCCAGCCUGUAUGGAGAAGGAGCAAACCUGAAACCUCAAAACACUGCACAAGAGGUGAUUGUAAUCCAACAGGCUUGUACAAAACCUGCAAGAGACUACAAUGCGAACUUCACUGAAAUUGUUAGAAGUAUAACAAAGAAUCUUGAAUUCAAGUCCUAAAUGGGAGAAUGAACAGCUAUUACUUUCAAUGUAUUGACAAAGUCCUCUAGCAUCCUGACUGUAAACCUACUGCACAGUCACAGAUCUGAGAUGUCAGGUAUACUUUUCUUUUAAGUGCCAUCUGCAGAGAGUCACCUACAGGAUAAUUUAACUUUAUACAGCUGUGGAUUCUGGUGUCAGUUCAGUGCUUGCAUCCUUGUGAGCCACACCUAGAGCACAUUUUCUCCUGAUAAUACUUACAGGAAAGAAUUUCACAGAGAAGGUAGAAAAAAAAAAGAUAACUUCUUCUACAGCUUACAUGAAGUAACAGAUGAUUAUGUUGUCAUGCUUACAAGGCAAGUUUGUUCUCUCUGUUUCUGAAAGGAAUGUGAGACAGAGACUUGUGAUGUGACUUGCUUGUGAAUCAGCCAGCAGUGUCAGUAGCUGAACUGAGAAAAGAUUCAAGUAUCCUGAAUAUCAAGUAUAUUUUGUACACUGUAUACAUUACAUAGAGUAUAUAUAUAAUUAUAUAUAUUAUGUAUAUAGUGUGUCUAUAUAUAUACACAAUAGAUGAGAGAUAAACUGGAGAUCUAUAUAUAUAUAAAUGGGGGAGAGAGAGAGAGAGAUACAAAUAAACUGGAGCUAGACAGAUAGAUCGUUUGUCUGUCUGUCUGUCUAUCUAUAUCUCCAGUUUAUUGGUCCAGGUAGUGUUUUCCUUUGAAAUGGUGUAGCCUCUUAGUGUGCAUACUAAUGCAGAAAACUGACUGCAAGUAGGGAGUACUGUCCAAGCUUGACAGAUGCUUCUGUAUUUUACAGGUUUGACUUCCACUAGCAGUCAAUGUAUUCCUAAAAGCUCAGACUUGCAAUGUGAUCCCAUCAUUCGGAAAUAUGGAGAAAAAAAGCGAGGCCUUACUAGCUAUACUCUAACUUUAGAAGAGCAGAAAAAAAAUGAUUAUCCCAUAAAAGGCUCCCCUGGAUGUAAGGGCUAUAUAGAUACAGAGUGUGAUCAGCAGAGGACGGACAGCAGCCCCCUCUUUGGUCUGGAUUGUGAAAUGUGCCUGACUGCAAAAGGAAACGAAGUCACUCGUGUCUCUUUGGUGGAUGCACAGGGUCAGUGCCUCUUGAAUGAACUAGUCAAACCUGAAAGCACAGUAGUGAACUACCGCACCAGAUUCUCAGGAAUCACAAAGAAAAUGCUUCUUCCAGUGAAAACAAGACUGUCAGACAUCCAAACCAGACUAAAAAAAAUCCUUCCCCAUGAUGCAGUAUUGGUGGGUCAUUCUCUAAAUGCUGAUCUUCAGGCUUUGGAAAUGAUCCACCCCAGUGUUAUUGAUACUUCAUUGCUUUUUGCCAGAAAUGAAGGUCGAAGAUUUAAGCUAAAAUUUCUAGCCAAAGCUGUUUUAGGGAAGGAGAUUCAGUGUGAACAGAAGCUUGGGCAUGAUCCUGCAGAAGAUGCUAGAGCUGCAUUGGAAUUGGCUCAAUUCUUUAUUGAGCAAGGACCAGCAAAGGUAGCAGAACUAAACUUGGAGAUGCUUCUGACAACUGAAAAACUGGCUGAGGUUUCACAGAAAAAAGCUGUGUUACAGCCACAAGGAUGCAGGGUCCAGAAACAGUUGAAUGAGCCUCCACAUUUAUCCAAACCAUGCUUUUCUCUCUCUGCUAGUUUUUUAGACUGCUUGCAGGUGACUGGCCAAAAACCCCUCCUUUUGGGCAGACAGGAAAUGGACUCUUCUGGCCUGUGUCAGAGUAACCUGAGCACUUCAAACAAACAGAUUCUUCAGAGGGCCUUAGAAGAUGUUCCCCUGUCCACAUUCAGUAUCAUUCAGUUCAGUUUGGGUCCAGAGUACAUUGCAUCUCACCUUCUUGCUGGACUUUAUGAAAAGGUGAGAAGCAAGCUGACUGACAUGCUGACAAUUUACGCAGGUCCUUUUGAAGAAAGCUUUUGUCUGAAGUCUGUGAAAAAAGAAUUUGGGAAAUGUGGACCAAUCCAGUCUCUUACAGUGGUAACUGAAACAUACCAGCCCUAUGUCUGUAUCCAAUACGAAGUGCUGGAAGCUGCCCAGCUUGCUGUGGAAAGCCUAAAUGGAGCUGAGGUAGCAGGAUCCUGCAUUAAGGUCCAGAGACCCAUCACUGCAGGAAUGCUGGACUGUGAUGUUUGGAUAAAGGAACUAGAACUGGACGUAGAAAAUGAAGGUGUCAUUUAUGUGGCGGGUCUAAAGGAGUCAUUAACAGAGAUGGACUUGCAAGAAGAAUUCAGCCAGUUGAAAGACCUGGAAACACUGUUCCUGCCAAAGGAUCUCCAGAGUGGAAAGCACAGGAACUGCUGUUUCCUCAAAUUCCAGAAAUCACAGAGUGCUCUGGAUGCCCUUGAAGUUAUAAAUGGAUGGAGUGUGAAGGGUAGCAAACUAAGAAGUAGGAACGCUCUUGCUUCAGGUCACCUUUGGAGAUGGAUUUGGCAAGUGAAUCACAGCAAUGGGAAGCAAGGAGGAAACAUCUUAUAUGAGAAAAUGGAGCAACUGUCUGACUCUGAGCAGGAUUUAAGGAAAAAGGUGAAGAAGUUAGACCACCAUAUCAAAAAGCUUUAUAGAAGUCUGCAGAAUAACACCCUGUGCAUUGUUCUCUUCCCUGGAGUGAACAGAUCACGGUUUCAAAUUUGGCCACGUCCCUUUAAAAAAAGACCCUACAGGAAACAGAAUUUACUCCAGCCAUUUUCAAGCAUUACAUUUCCACAGCACUUCUGA